AUGAAUCGCAGACAAGACAAGAGAGACAGCUUUAUUAAUGGUCACAAGAAAAGGAAGAGAGCCAGAGAUACAGGAUAUCCACCACUUAUCAGUAAAAGAGCUGAUAAUGCAUCCUCAUUAUUUGAAGAUGUAUCAUGUAUACUUAGUCCCGAAGUAACAAUUGGGCCAUAUUACGUUGAAGGUGAAUAUGUUAGAGAUGAUAUCACUGAAGACCAAGAUGGAGUUGAUCUUCUAUUAGAUGUCCAACUUAUUGACGUAAAUACUUGUGAGCCAGUUUCUAAAAGUUAUAUUGAUGUUUGGCAUUGUAACUCUACUGGUGUAUACUCUGGUUUUUCUGAAGAAGACACUCUUGGCUCUACUUUCCUUAGAGGUAUUUGGCCAACUGAUGACGACGGAAUAAUGCAAAUGAAAACAAAAUUUCCAGGUUGGUAUGUAAGCCGUGCCACUCAUAUUCAUAUCACAGCCUAA